CCCCCGAUGUAUGAGUUAUCAUGGCUAAAAUUAAGGAUUCGAAAAAGCAGUUUGUGCAAAACAUCAAUGUAGGGUUGAUGGGCAUCUCAUUUUUUCUUAUCUUCACGGGCUUCUUCACUGUAGGGGGGAUACAGACCUUGGUUUUCGAUUCAGCUCAGAUUGCCAACUCUACAGGAUAUGUUGAAGGAUUCCAUGGAGACGGACUAUGGAGCUUAGGAUUGUGUUAUGCGUUCUUUACGUUAACAAACCUCAUUUCUCCUUCAAUUCUGGCACUUAUGGGACUAAGGCCGUCAAUGUUUGUUGGAGCAUUAACCUACGUUCUAUUUAUUGUUCCUUUAUUAUAUCUAAAUGGAAUUUUCCUCUACAUAUCUUCAUCAAUACUAGGGGUUGGAGCAGCAAUAUUUUGGACAGCACAGGGAAAAUUCCUGUCCUUGAACUCCAACGAGAAAACUAUUUCCCGAAAUACUGGAAUAUUCUACACAAUGCUACAAUCCUCAUACUGUGUUGGAAAUGUUUUUGUUUAUUUCUACUUUCGUGGAAAAUCAGAAAUAGAUAAAGAAACAAGAGAUAUAGUUUCGUCAGUAUUACUAAGUGUAGCAUCUCUGGGUUCUCUAUUAAUUCUCCUCUACAGACCAACCCCCUGGGCAGAUAAAGAAGAAGAAGAUCAAACUGUAUACUCCGCUCUUAAGGAUCAUGCCAAGUUCUUCUUUACCAUAGAUAUGAUUCUCUUGAGCUUCACGUUCUUCUACACCGGUAUCCUGCUCAACCUAUGGUCUGCUGUCUACGGAACCUGUAUAGGGUUUACAGCAGCAUUCGGAGACGAGAGAAAGGGUCUCACGGCAAUCAGUGGAAUGUUUGUUUCCGUUGGAGAAGUGUUGGGAGGAGUUAUUAUUGGGAAGCUAGGUUCAUGGACACACAAGGUUGGACGGAGCCCAAUAAUUAUCAGUGGGUUUAUCUUUAGUGCUCUUGCUUUUAUCUUGGGAUUUAUUAAUUUACCCAACGAAUCCCCUCUUGGAGAAACCACUCUACUUCAGACAGCUCUUAUAGACUCUAAUCAGUAUCUAGUCAUCAUUGGUAGCUUUCUUCUAGGUUUAGCUGAUGCUUGCAUAGUAACACAGUGUUUUUCCUUAAUGGCCGGAACCUUUCAUCAGAAUACUUCUUCAGCUUUUGCAAUCUUCCAUUUUAUGCAAGGAAUUGCAUCUUCCCUAGCAUUCUUCUAUUCCUCUCUUCUCCCUCUGUACUGGCAACUACUUAUUGCUUUGAUCUCGGCUUCCUUGGGAACAAUCACAUUCUGCUAUGUUGAAUACAAGAACAGGGGAAAAGAGGUCGAGUUGAAAGACGAAAUUUCGGCACUGUAGUUAAUUUCUGGUUGAUACGUUAAUAAACGUUAAUGAAAAAUAUUACAUAUAUUAUAAUAUUAAUUUUAUAUAUUUUUUUAUGGUUAAAAAAGUAAUGAAAUGUUUCUUAUAUGAAUCAAGACCAUGUAAAUUGAAAUCAUGUAGCCCUUGUUUGACUUGGGCCUGGGGGGAAAAUUGGAAUUUUGAAGAAAAAAAAUGAUUUAGGAUAUGUUUUCGCUAAUGGAUUUCCUCAAACAUGUUAUAGCCAAUUUGGUCCAGCCGUUUGGCCAGCUAUAGCUAACAUAUGUAUAUAAGCUCGAAGAUUUUUUCUAAGAGAUUUUCAGUAUAGCAAUAUAAAUUUAAAAACUA